AUGAAUUUUAAACCAUAUCAUUGGUUUUGUUUUGCAGUAAGAGACUUCAAAUUUGCCAGGCCAUGGGAGAAUGAUUAUGACUCUGACUCCAGAAAAGAUGAUGAUGGUCUGAGUGAUGCAAGGCGUAGACGCGGAAAUCUACCAAAGGAAGCUGUCCGUAUCCUGAAGACCUGGCUGUAUGAGCACCGCUACAAUGCAUACCCAUCAGACCAGGAAAAGGUCUAUCUCUCCUCGGCCACUAAUCUGACUGUACUGCAAGUGUGUAACUGGUUCAUUAAUGCUCGUCGUAGAAUUUUACCAGAAAUGAUCAAGAAAGAUGGCCAGGAUCCUCUCCAAUACACCAUCACCCGCAAGCAUAAGCAGUCCCUGUUAGAUCGUGUCACCUUCACCUCAGGUGGUUACAGCACAGAGGGUCCCCUGGAGUCUAAGAUGGGGGAGCCGGACGGUUACAUGUCGGAUUGUGAGGCCUCCUCCAGUGACUUCUCCUCAGAGCCAGAGUCUGCCUCCCCCGACGUCAGCCAGUCCAGAACCAGAGGAGAGAGUUUCUCCCAAGAGAACCUCUCCCCACCCUCCUCUCCGUCCAGCACUCCCCAGAAUGCAGACCUCUUCAAAUCCUUUUUCAUGCUGGUUGAUGUUGCGCUGAACCAGAUUCCUAAAGAGUCAGGCAGCGAGACAACCGAUUCUUCCAACUCGUCAGUGUAGCAAGUCGGACAUUUACAUGAUUUUUUUUUUUUUUGAUUGAUUUGUAUCAUUACAUGCUCAUUCCAUGUUCAAAUGUAAAUAUGUACCAACUAACCAUUUCAAAUCUACAUUUUCAUUGUACUAAAACUUUGGAUGUCACAAUGUUAGGACUCAAACUAAAAUACCAGCCUGUAUUAUGAAAAUAUGUAAAUGAAGUAAAAAACUUUAAAAAGGUUGUGCAAUAGGCAGAUCGGAUAUGGUGCACAUAAUAUGCCUGCAUGUAUUGGCUGGAAAAAUAACCAUCUGUGUUCAUUGGUUCUCUAGAUUGCACUUGUUUUUGUAGUGAGAAAAUAAUGCCUGUACAUGUAUUAUAUAACCCACUGUUCCUCCUAAUAUUUGUGGAGAUAUACAUUGUUAUGUGGUCUAGUGCCAUUAUGAUGCAAUACAUAUAUAUAUUUUUGCUUUUUCUAUUGAUAUUGUCCAUGCACACUAAGUUCACAUGUCACAGUAACCUUAUAACCAUUACAGAUAAUUUUACUUGUAUGCAGUCUUGAAAGAUCUUGGGAAAAUUCAAUACCUGACCACAUAAGCCUUGAAGUGAUUCAUUUGUAAAGAUAUUUAAGGUUUUAAGGCAGAAGGUUCAUAAAGGGGGCAGGGGAAGGAACCCUGACAUAUCCUGCUAUCCCCAAAUUGUAUCAAGCUUGAAUAAAAAGUACCCCAAACCAUGUUUUGAUAACUAGUUGUGCAUGGACAAUAUAUUAACAUGUGCUUAGUACAUUGUGAUUAGAAGUUAUUGUUAACUGGGAUGGAUAUUUUGUGAUCAAGUAUGCUUUUGUUUUAUAGAUUUUUAACUUGAUUAAUUUUCUUUAUCUAACAAGAUAUUAAUCAUGUUUCAAUAUUAUGACAGUUUAACUGUUGCUUUAUCUCCCUUGCAUUUAUAUAUAUUCUAUAAAUCCUCUCUGAGUACAUGUAUCCACUGCUGUAUAUUUUACAAGAAUCGAAACAUAUAUUUAUGAAAUUAAACUGUAAAGUGAUCUCUGAAUUUUUAAAAGAUUGAAUUUCUGUAAAAGUUUAUUCUUCGGAAUGUAUACAUGAUUGAAUAAAUAGA